CUGUUAGUCAAAUGUCUAUCGUUUUUAUCUAUCAAAUUGCGUCUGAGUACAAAAGAUUUUGUAGAAUUUGUUUUUCUUAAACCGGGUUAUAUCCCGGGUGCUACUCCCGUUUAACAACAAUUUUAUUUAGUAGAAAUUAAUUCACAUUGAGGAAAACGUUUUAGUGGAUGAAACACAAAGUGUUGUGAAAACUAUGGCCGUACCGUACGUGCUAUGCCUCUGGAUUUUAGGGGUUUUGACAUCCGUAAAAGGAUUCUAUUUACCCGGCUUAGCCCCAGUAAACUACUGCAAAAUUGGCGAAGAUAGCGGAAAGUCUUGUAAAAGUGAUAUUCCACUAUAUGUUAAUAGACUGAACACUGAAGAAUCUGUAAUACCCUUUGAAUAUCACCACUUUGACUUUUGCUUAUCCAAUGAAGCACAAUCCCCUGUGGAGAACCUUGGUCAAGUUGUAUUUGGGGAGCGGAUUCGCCCGAGUCCAUACAAAAUUAACUUUUUAGAAAAUACAACAUGUCAGCAUCUAUGUACUAAGACUUAUAGAGGCUCAGACCCUGAAUCUACAAAAAAGCUUAAUCUUUUGAAAAUGGGUAUGGCUCUUUACUAUCAACAUCAUUGGAUCAUAGACAAUAUGCCAGUGACUUGGUGUUAUCUUGUGAAUGAAGGUGGGAAAUCAUACUGCAGUACUGGUUUUCCUAUGGGAUGUCAAGUACGAAGAAAUCUUGAUACUUGCAAUCCAAUUGUAAAUACAUCACCAAGCAAGGUUGGAGCAUACUAUCUAUUUAAUCAUGUGGAUAUUGAUAUUACCUACCACAGUGGUGGCACUGAGGAGUGGGCUGUUGGAUUUGGAGAGAAUGGUGGGAGAAUUAUUUCUGUCAAGGUCCGCCCAGCAAGUAUCAACCAUCAAAAUCCUCAAAAGCCCGACUGCACCAUUCAGAGCCCUUUGGAGAUUCCAAACAGCCUAACGAAUGACGAAACCUUCAACAUAGCAUACACAUACAGUGUUCAUUUUAUUAAGAACAACACUAAUAAGUGGUCGUCAAGAUGGGACUACAUACUUGAAUCGAUGCCACAGACGAAUAUCCAGUGGUUUUCAAUAUUAAAUUCACUUGUGAUCGUUCUGUUCCUAAGUGGUAUGGUUGCAAUGAUUUUGCUGCGAACCCUACAUAAGGAUAUUGCAAGAUACAACCAGAUGGAGUGCGGUGAAGAUGCUCAGGAAGAGUUUGGGUGGAAGUUGGUUCAUGGAGAUGUGUUUAGACCCCCUCGCCGCGGUAUGUUGUUAGCUGUUUUCCUUGGAUCUGGUUCACAGGUGUUUGGUAUGACGCUAGUGACGUUAGCCUUUGCCUGCCUGGGUUUCCUCUCACCAGCGAAUAGAGGAGCCUUGAUGACCUGCGCUCUAGUUGUUUGGGUUCUUCUUGGUGCUGCCGCGGGCUACGUCAGCGCUCGGAUCUAUAAAAGCUUCGGUGGAAGACGGUGGAAGAGCAAUAUACUGCUCACGUCCAUGCUGUGUCCCGGGGUGGUGUUUUCGAUCUUCUUCGUCCUCAACCUUGUGCUGUGGGGUAAGGGAUCGUCGGCAGCAAUUCCCUUCUCGACCCUUGUGGCGCUACUCGCUUUGUGGUUCGGAGUUUCAGUACCAUUAACAUUUAUCGGCGCCUACUUUGGAUUUAGGAAGAGGAUUUUGGACCACCCUGUACGUACGAAUCAAAUACCUCGUCAAAUUCCCGAGCAGUCUCUCUACACUCAACCCGUUCCUGGGAUCAUUAUGGGAGGAGUGCUUCCGUUUGGAUGCAUCUUCAUUCAAUUGUUCUUCAUUCUCAAUUCUCUAUGGUCCAGCCAGAUGUACUACAUGUUCGGAUUCCUCUUCCUCGUGUUCAUGAUUUUGGUUAUCACCUGUUCCGAGACCACGAUCCUCCUCUGCUACUUCCACCUCUGCGCCGAAGACUACCACUGGUGGUGGAGGGCCUUCCUCAGCUCAGGAUCCACCGCUGGCUACCUCUUCAUAUACUGCUGCCACUACUUUGUUACAAAACUGAAUAUUGAGGAUGCUGUCUCUACGUUCCUCUACUUUGGGUAUACAAUGAUAAUGGUAUUCUUGUUCUUCCUUCUAACAGGUACUAUUGGUUUUAUGGCUUGCUUCUGGUUUGUCCGGAAGAUAUACAGUGUGGUUAAGGUCGAUUAAGAUGAUCCCGAGUCAACAAUAUGGUAGCAGUUGUGUGGACAUCGUCCUUUAUCCAAGUCGUAGGUGUAUUGUAAUUUAUAAAGUUUAAAUAAUAAGAAACUAUUAAAUAAAAAUAGAGAAACUUUUUUUUUAAUCAAUCGCAGCAUAGAGGAUUUGGUAGGAGACAUUCAAAAUCUAUAAAGUAUUAUUGUUUAUGUGCCUAUUAUUCAUAUAUAAGAAAAUAAUUUAAAAUCUAGACUUUAUGUAGAACCAUUAAAGUUUACCUGGACUGAAUGGAGUCUCGUCUAUGGUAUAGUCUUUGAAAUUGAAAAUCGAGAUGUACCGCUAAGCAGACCUUGCUUGACACUUUAUUGGGGGCACGCCAAUUUUCGAGUCUACAUUUUUUUCUGGGAUUUUGAUUUAAUAAUUAUGGCUUAUUAAAAAAUAGUUUUAUUUUCAAGUUUUUUCCAGUUUAUAUGAUAAUUUACCGAUAUUUUUCAUAGAAAUCGUCAAAAUCGUAAUAUUUGUCAUACGUCAGAAAAAACAGUAUUUUUUCUUAAUAACGCGUAAAAUCUGGCUCAAUACAGUAGCGUUAACUAUGAUGAUAUCGGGUUUAUAAACAACUACGUAUAAAGGAUGGAAUGGAUUCACUUGUUUUUGUAAUUAAACGUGGACUAAAGUUCGGUUGUAACCAUGGUUACCGAUAUAUGGAAAUAACAUAGUAAUUAAAGUAACUUAAAUCCUGGUUUUAAUUACUUGAGGAACGGGUAUAACCCAACAGUACGUUUUGACGGAAUCGGACGGAAAUCGUCGUAGCUCUAACCACACAACUGAUUUCGAUAAAAAAUAAAUACCUAUAUAUAGUUCUAAAAUUAGGUCAUUUAAAAACUUAAAUGUUAAAAAAUGCGUUUUGUUAAUAAUUAAAACAUGUCAUUACUA